AAAGACUUCAAAAGGAAUCAAAUCUGGCUUCAGCCUCGUGGUGGAGACUUCACCUGUGCAGAGACUCGACAUGCAGGUUCUGCCGGUCUGGGGGCUCGCCAUCCCUCUUCCAGCAGUUCUAAUGAUCACCGUGGGUCUCUACAUGAUGGUCUUGGGUGUCGGGCUGUGGAUCAGAUACUGCUUAAAGGACCAGUGUUCUGUCCACUGUCCCUGCUGCUGUCCAAACAUCUCCAUGUGUGAGCAGUGCUUCAGACUGGCUGAAAAGUGUGACUGCCGCCUGCCCACCGUGCGCUCCUUCCUGCCCGACGUCUGCUCCUCCCCUUCAUGUGUCCACAUGGACUGCACCUGCACAUGCCAGCCUCCAGAGUGCAACUCCUGCAACUGUCUCUGCUUUGAAAUUCGAAUCAAGUGAAGACGGAACCAGAACCUGAUCCACGUUGCCUGUCCUCCCUCACAGAGAGACGGAACCACCUCGUCUUUCAGGGCAUCAGCACCGCGUCUUCUGGGUCCAAACCCACAGAAAGUUCUUCUGGGUUUUAAGAGACUUCAUUUUCUUCAC